AUGGUAUGUCUCGGAAAGGUUCCUUCUGCCUGUCUUGCCUACUUCGAAGCUGCCUCCCUCACUCUGCUGUCUCGCAAGCCAAGCAAUGCCGUGCCCAAAUCGUGCUCCAAGGCUUGCUUCCCAAUGUCACUCUUCAAACGGAUCUCUUGUUGGUAUACUUUAGACGCUGGUUUUCGGCCAUGCACGCAAGGUUUUCGAUGGAAUGCUCCGCAAAAACAUGCAUUCUUGGAACAUCAUUAUCGACUCGCUUCUACUGGAGUAGGAAAUACUUCCCUUGGUAAGACAGGCCAUCGUGCUUUGGUGAUAAAGCUUGGGUACGAGGAAUAUGUCGUUGCUGGAAAUUGUAUGCUGGAAUUUUAUGCCAAAUCGGGGGCUAUGAGCGAGGCAAGGUGUGUGUUCUCUAAUAUGUCGUUGAGGGAAUCUGAAAAGGGAAGGGGGAUUGAUGUAAAUCUGGUCUCUUGGACUACCCUGACAUCUUGUUUUGGGAUGCAUGGAAAGGGAGAGGAAUCUUUGUUUCUGUUUAAGAAAAUGAUCGAUAUUGGGUUCACAAACCAGGUUACACUCAUAGCAAUCUCAGCUAGUUGUAGCCAUUCAGGUUUAGCCGAUCAAGGCAUGCAAAUUUUCAACUCGGUUCGUUCAGAAUACAAAUUUAAGCCGAGCGUAAAGCACUAUGCUUGCAUAGUGGAUCUUUUGGGUCGCUGUGGAUAUCUGGUGGAAGCACUUCAUAUACUGGAAGGUAUGAAAUCGCCUGCCGCGGAAGGCAUUUGGGACGCCUUGCUGGCCGGUUGCAUGAUGCAAAAAAAUGUUAAAAUUGGAUAG